AUGCAUGACAUAUUCAGUUCUCCCGAUUGCAAAUCGUCGAAAAAUAGUUUAGAAGAAACGCUUUUGAUUUUUCCUUACAAACUCUUUGAUGCUGCAAACUUAAAUUUAGGUUUAAUCACUUGGACUCCAAAUGGAAAUGCAAUUUCAGUUGACUCGUCGUGUUUUGAAGAGCAGAUCAUGUUUCUGCAUCCGUACUUAGUUGAAAUUCCAAACUUCGCCAACUUCAGAAGACAAAUGCGAGCUUACGGAUUCAGUUGGAAAUUAAUUAGUGAUGACAUUUUUGAAUUUUCUCAUGAAUACUUCAAGCGGUAUCGUCAAGACUUGUUGAAAUUUGUUCUAACGAGAAGGAAGCAAAUGAAAUUGAAUGCCUUAAAAGACAAAAUAGAUGAAAGCUAUCUGAACUUGCCAUCAUCUGUGAACUGGAGAAGAUCGCUGAGAAGCAGACCUGAUAGCGUCAAAACUUUUCAAAUAAAUCGUUCAAAACCGCAAAGGAAACCUUACAUGCGCCGUUUAGGCAUCUCCCAACCUGUAGGCGUUGAUGCUUUUUCGGAUAAUCAAGACAGCAACAUUUCAAACGCUUUUUUCACGGAAAAUGACGUAAUGUACCUAUCUGCAAACUUUUGCAGUCCACACAAUUAUUGCUCACCAGUUACAAAUGAUGAAUAUCUAAACAAUGAACCGAAUUUGUAUCAUAGCCAGAUCAAUUACAAUUCAUUUCCAAACGCACCGUUUGAUAGAUUAGAUUUUGAAAUUUAUCACAGCUGUUUAAGCUGGAUGUUACAGCACGAUCCUGUUUUGGCGAGGGAAUAUGAGGUUGAUAUGUUGACCGAUUGCCUGAAGAAUAUGCAGAAACAUGUUGAUGUACCAAUUUAUUUUUACGAUUAA